GCUUUUUUUAAUCAACGUUUUUUAGUUGAAUUGUUCUAUAACCGCUUCGUAACUGGCCUUGUAUUGAAGUUAGGUGGUCACACUACUAAAAUUAUUGAUAAGGGUUCUAUUUUUUUUUUAUAUUUAUAUAUAAAUAAGAGCUUGCGGCGCGCCGGAUUACUAAUUUUAAGUAAGAAUAUUGCUAGUAUGGAAACUGGUGUUAUUACAACCUACGCUUUAUAUAUCCUUACUGGUCUAGUCUUUUAUAUUUUAAUUCCUUUCUUAACUUUAGCUGAUGAUAGUUUACUUAUACUAAUUAUCUUUGCUUUAUUAACAGUUAUUAAUACUUCUUAUAUUAAGAAAAAUUCUAUUUUAUAA